ACCACAACUACCACCAUGGCCUAACCAAGCAUUAGAAGUCACAUAUUCAAUCUUCCAGAUGGACAAUGACAACAAAAUAAUCCACCUUCGCUUGAAAAGCGAUCCUGGCUUGAAAAAUGAAGUCAUAGCCUGUUCUAGAAGCAUCCGAUUCUCAUAAGGGCAUAUAGCACAAAAGGAGCCUUAUUCACAUUUCCAGAAACGACAUGCCAUAGCCGAAUCUCCCCAAAAAAUUGUAUGGAGGAUUAGCUGCUAAUUCUAGGUACGUAUUCUGUCUUCUAGAUACGAAUUUUGCAUUUGCAAUAAGCAACGUCCGAGCUAAGAUUUAACAUACGCAUCCUUGCAAGCAACUUGAAAUAACCAAAUAUGCUUUUGGCCCCAUGUCUAAUCUCCAACCACUUACAUACUUUUAGGGUCUAAAACAGUAGUCUUCCAAUCUGAAAAAAGCAAACACGCAAACAUUAACUUAUUCUUCCAACAUAGCUAUCACAUGAUUCUCUGCUACCAUUACCUUUUCAUUCUAGUUUCUGGCUGAAAAGGUCAGGAACUACUAAAGCGGAAUGAUUCAAGGGAAAAUAUAAAUGAACCUUCCUACCUUUAAAUCUGUACUGGAUAAGGCAUGCAAUGGCACUCUUCAUCUGGGCAAUUAUGAUGAUAGCUCUAACAAGCAGAGAAGCCUUCUUUGUCCAUGGAGAUAUCGGUUCUGCAACAUCCUAUGGCCCUCCUUAUAUACGUGAGUAUACAUGCAUACAUACACACCAGUUUUUCCUUCAUUUUCUUUUCAUCAUAUUUUUCCUUGGAAGAACAGUUCAAAACCUGCAAGAAAGAUAAAAAUCUUGCAUCAAUAUCUGCAGCUACUAGAUGUGGUGGUAACAGAGAAGAUCAGUUCCCACCUGGGAAUCUGUUUGUUGCUGUGAGUGAUGGCUUGUGGGACAAUGGAGCAGCUUGUGGAAGGAGAUACAGAGUCAGAUGUUUGAGUGGACCAAAUAAGCCUUGCAGACACAAAACCAUUGAAGUAAAGGUUGUGGAUUUUUGCCCCAUAACACCAUGCCCAUCAACCAUUGUUCUCUCAAAAGAAUCUUUUGCAGCUGUUGCUCGCCAAGAUGCAAGAAAAAUUAAUGUUGAAUAUAUACAGGUUUGAGCUGAAGGAGUACCACAAUCAAUGUCAUGAUGGAGAAAAAAUUAAGACUAAUUAUUAUAUUCUUUUGUUGAUAUACAUAAAGAAUAAAACAAUUGCAGGUUGUAAAAUAGAGUGUGUACAAUUCUUUAUAAAGUUAGGUUGUAAAAUAGAGUGUGUACAAUUCAUUAUAAAGUAGCAAUAAAAAUCAUUUGCUAGGUCAUAUUGUCACAAACCACAUAGGAUCCAGAUUCUUGUAAUCUCCAAUAUUCUUAAUAUUAUGAAUGGGAGCUUAGGUUUAUGACAUAAUAAAUAAUGAGUUUUCAA